GCAACCGAGAGCGACCAGGACGGAACACGGACUGUUAGAGUCGGAGCCCAGCCUGACGAACCGAGUCAAAACACCGCGUUCGGGUCGAAAUUUCGACGGUCUCUGUUUGUUUUCCUUACCCAUGCUGCCAUUUUCAGCGCUGUCUGGUUAAGGUGUUUCGUUAGCUAGCUGAGUUUAACGCUAGCUGGCGAAGCAACCGUUUCUGUUUUGAAGAAGGAGGCCAGGAGGCUCCUUUCGGCUGCUUCUGGUAUUUCUCCUCGCAGUUGCUUUUGUUUUUAUUCUGCUCGGAGCAGCGUGGACUUGGUUGUAUAUUACAGUUUCAAAGAAGAAACUCCUGAACCAGCCCGCCCGGCUUUGGUCGGUUUUGGUCUGUUUAAGCUGUUGAAGUAUCUACCGUAUGUGAGCCGUGUCUGCGAAGUUGCUCUGGAUGAUUCAGCUCACAGACGCGCCGACAGCAGCUGCCAGCGUCAGCAACGUCAACAUGGGAAAAGUUUUUCUGGAGCAAGGUUAAAUCAAACUGUCGAAGCGAGCGCACUUCUGUUGACUGCUUAAAACUCGGAAUCUGAAGCGACGCUUGCCGGUGAUUCGUUUUUACCGACCGUUAUUGAUAUUACCGCCAGCCAACGGGGAGUAAUGGUGGUUAACACGGUGCACUGGUUCAGGAAGGGCUUGCGGCUGCACGAUAACCCCUCACUCCGUGACUCCAUAGCGGGGGCGGACACUCUGCGCUGUGUGUACAUACUGGACCCCUGGUUUGCAGGCUCGUCAAACGUUGGGAUCAAUAGAUGGAGGUUUUUACUGCAGUGUCUGGAGGACCUGGAUGCCAGCCUUCGCAAGCUCAACUCACGCCUGUUUGUUAUCCGAGGCCAGCCCACUGAUGUCUUUCCCAGGCUAUUUAAGGAGUGGAAGAUCACCCGUCUGUCAUACGAGUAUGACUCUGAACCAUUUGGGAAGGAGCGGGAUGCUGCCAUUAAAAAGCUGGCCAGUGAAGCAGGGGUGGAGGUCACUGUCAGAAUCUCCCACACACUCUACGAUCUGGACAAGAUCAUUGAACUGAAUGGAGGGCAGUCCCCGCUCACCUAUAAGAGGUUUCAAACUCUGAUUAGCAAAAUGGAUGCUGUGGAAAUGCCAGCAGAAACUAUUACUGCAGAGAUCAUGGGCAGGUGUGCUACACCUAUUAGUGACGACCAUGACGAGAAGUUUGGUGUGCCCUCACUGGAGGAGCUUGGCUUUGAGACAGAGGGCCUAUCAUCUGCUGUGUGGCCAGGAGGAGAAACUGAGGCUCUGACUCGUCUGGAGAGACACUUGGAGAGAAAGGCAUGGGUGGCUAACUUUGAGCGUCCCAGGAUGAAUGCAAAUUCCUUACUGGCCAGUCCCACAGGCCUAAGCCCUUAUCUUCGCUUUGGCUGCCUCUCCUGUAGACUCUUCUACUUCAAACUCACAGACCUCUACAGAAAGGUGAAGAAGAAUAGCAUUCCUCCCCUGUCCCUCUAUGGCCAGCUACUGUGGCGAGAGUUUUUCUACACGGCUGCUACCAACAACCCGCGCUUUGACAAAAUGGAGGGCAACCCAAUCUGCGUCCAGAUCCCCUGGGACCGGAACCCGGAGGCAUUGGCCAAAUGGGCAGAGGGCAGGACGGGCUUCCCCUGGAUUGAUGCCAUCAUGACCCAGUUGAGGCAGGAGGGCUGGAUCCACCACCUGGCCCGACAUGCCAUUGCCUGCUUUCUCACCAGAGGAGACCUGUGGAUCAGUUGGGAGGAGGGCAUGAAGGUGUUUGAGGAGCUGUUGCUGGAUGCAGAUUGGAGUGUGAAUGCAGGGAGCUGGAUGUGGCUUUCCUGCAGUUCAUUUUUCCAGCAGUUCUUCCACUGCUACUGCCCAGUGGGUUUUGGACGUCGCACUGACCCUAAUGGAGAUUAUAUACGUCGAUAUUUGCCCAUACUGAGAGGUUUUCCUGCCAAAUACAUUUAUGAUCCCUGGAAUGCACCAGAGGGUGUUCAGAAGCUUGCUAAGUGCAUCAUAGGGGUGCACUACCCCAAGCCCAUGGUCAACCAUGCUGAGGCCAGCAGAAUAAACAUUGAGCGCAUGAAACAGAUCUAUCAGCAGCUGUCCUGCUACAGGGGCCUUGGGCUUCUGGCCACUGUGCCGUCCAACUCUGGUGGUAAUGGUGAUGGUGCAGGAGCAGGCCCUGGAGACAGCACACAGGAGAGCAAUGCUGCAGUGCACUUAACCCCAGCCAACCCUCGAGAAGAUUUGUCAGCAAGCACCUUCUCUUGUUCCCAUAGUGACCAACAGCCUGGCAUCAGUGUCCAGCCCCAGACCAGUUUCUCAGGAGCAGGCAGAGUUGGAUCUCACAGAGAAGAUUCAAAACAGACACUGCGAGGACGAGGCACAUUCCAUAUGAAGCGACACAGUGAGGAGCCAGCAUCAAGCAAUGGGUGCAAGAUUCAGAGACAGAACAGCAACUAGCCACACUUACAAGGAUGUUUCUUUGGCAGGACAUAUACGUCUCUCCUCAGGCCAGCAAUGGGACAUGUUCCAAAUGAUAGGUGUUCCCUAAAACUACCUUUUAGAUGUUAGUUACCUGUUGACAGCACUUCCACUUUGAGGUCUCUCCUCUAUGCUAGGCCAUUUUGCCGUUUCCCAUAUAGUGCUUAUGUAGGUUCAUGCUUUGAACCCAGUUCAUAAGCUGUGCAGUGGGGCAUACUAUAUGUAUUUACUGCUCUGUAAGUAUGUACAGCGUUUAAUUUGUGUCUGUUUUAAAUGUUUGUGUGCUGUUCACCCACUCAUGUGAGCAUUCAUGCUCUCCAGACAUGUAUAUUUGUCUUGUUUUUGCAUAUGCAAAUCAGUGUGUCUUGCAUACAGUCUUCUUUCAUGUUGGUGUAUCCACCCCCAUUUUUGAGAUACUGUUUUGCAGUGAGCGCAGUAAAUAUAGCACAAUAAAAAAAGCAAACCGUGCCAAGUCAGCUAUGUAACAUUCAUAUCACAUUUUGUUACAAUGCCAUAAUGUAGAAACAGCUAAAUGAAUUUCAGGCAAUUUGAUGUGCUCACAUUGAAUUUUUCAAACUGAAUACUGAAAUUUUGACCAGCGUUUCAUGCACUGAUUUAAGGUCAGAUCUGGUCAAGUGAAUAAAAGUGACCCCACUCCUUAUUUUUGUAUAAAGCAGAGAUGAUUAUUAUAUCAAAGAAGUGCAUGGCUUAAGAGUCCAUUUUAGUCUGAUUUUGUACAACUACAGGGACAAUACAGCCUGCUAUGUAUAUAUGCAUGUAUUGUAAGUACUUAAGUCAGCAUACCUCUGUAUAUAUAACUUUUUUCUUGCUUAGUUACAGACUUACUGUUAUUUUUUUACAUGAAAAGCGAUACCAGUUUGUUUUUGAAUUAUUGGUAUGUGCUCUUUAUAAAUCUCCAUUAAAUCAUAAACAAUAUACAUGUUGA